AUGAGCACGAUACAAAAUAUCAAGAAUUUCAUCCGGCAUGGGAAACAAGCUCGCCUCGUAACGCCCCAUUCCGAACCCACCACCGACGUGUCCACCGUCCACGCCGAACAGCAACCACAACCACAAGGCCAAUUCUCUCCAGCUCUUGGAGCCUUUGAUAAGGGCGAUGCGCGAGGUAAUGGUCAAGCUACCCAGCAAAAAACCGACGCUCAGGUGAAGCGCGAUCGGUCCGUGGAAAUCGAACGCCUCGUUCAGGAAGAGAGAUCAAGCCGCUCAAAGAUGCCUCAAUAUCCCGGCCUCGAGCGCUGGAUUCUGGUGGAGAAGAUGGGCGAUGGUGCAUUCAGCAAUGUCUACCGUGCAAAGGAUUCAACCGGAGAAUUGGGCGAGGUGGCUAUCAAGGUCGUGCGCAAAUUCGAAAUGAACAGCAAUCAGUCCGAUCACCUUCAUUCCAGCGUCAAAAAGGUCCCGCGGACUGCGGAGCGAGCGAAUAUCCUCAAGGAAGUCCAAAUUAUGCGCAACCUCGAUCACCCCAAUAUCGUCAAGUUGGUUGACUUUUCCGAAUCGCGGCAAUAUUACUACAUCAUUCUCGAGCUCUGCCCUGGCGGAGAGUUGUUCCACCAAAUCGUGCGAUUGACAUACUUUAGCGAAGAUUUGAGCCGCCACGUGAUUCUUCAAGUCGCCAAGGCCAUUGAAUACUUGCAUGAAACAUCCGGCGUUGUUCAUCGUGAUAUUAAGCCAGAGAAUCUGCUCUUUUACCCUACUCCCUUCGUUCCAAGCAAACAUCCGAAGCCUAAGCAACCGGGCGAUGAAGACAAGGAGGAUGAAGGAGAGUUCGUCCCGGGUGUCGGUGCUGGUGGUAUCGGUACGAUCAAGAUUGCCGAUUUCGGUCUGUCCAAGGUGAUCUGGGAUAGUCAAACAAUGACUCCCUGCGGAACGGUCGGUUACACAGCACCAGAGAUUGUGAAGGACGAGCGGUACUCGAAGAGUGUAGAUAUGUGGGCCAUGGGCUGCGUACUCUACACUCUGCUGUGUGGUUUCCCUCCAUUCUACGACGAGAGCAUCCAAGUGCUUACGGAGAAGGUGGCUCGCGGUCAAUACACUUUCCUCUCGCCCUGGUGGGACGACAUUUCCAAAUCUGCACAAGAUUUGAUCUCGCAUCUCUUGACUGUCGACCCAGAGAAGCGCUACACCAUCAAGGAAUUCCUCGCACACCCAUGGAUCCGUCAAACUGACGAGGAAACCACCGCGGCCGCUGACGCACCGCCCCUGGCCACACCCUUGGGCCAGGUUCGCCAAGAUGGCCCUCUCCAACUCGACCCUGCCGGUGCUGAUCAAGCCCCGUACCAACCCGCCAGUUCCCGAAUCCUGGAUGCGCCAUCUGUAGCCUCGGAGCGCCGGAUGGACUUCCGCUCGCCGGGAGCCUUCAACUUGCGCGAAGUUUUUGAUGUCGGUUACGCAGUUCACAGGCAGGAAGAGGAAGGCAAGCGCCGGCGGAACCGUCAGCAGGCUGCCCGAAGUGGCCACCCGCUAGCCGGCUUCCAAUCCGCGUUGGGAGCUCUUAACGAAGACUAUGACGACGAGCCCGAAUACCGCCCCCACGUUGAAGAGAAUACCGAGCAGCCUCCCCUUAAGGUUGCCAAGUCCAAUACCCAUGCUGGUGACGUUGCUGGGAUGGAAGCAAAACUGCGCUCCACGAAUCUCGGCGCCCAAAGCAGCGCAGCUCAAGCCCGACAGGCCCAUCGCCAACCCAGGCAGCAGGGCUAUGGACAGCAUGAUGCUAAAGUUGCCGCGGCGGCCAGAAGCGCCAUCGGUCGUAGGCCGCAUGAACCUUUCGAGCUCAGUCUGAGUGGUGCGACUCUCCUAGAGAAGCGUGGGCGUCGCAACAACGAACAGCCGGUUGCUUAA